UAUAUUAUAUUAUAUUAUACUAGUCGUUGCCCGUGGAAAAAUCCACGGGUUCGCCCGUCCUUUAUAUUUACCCGUCGCAACAAAGUGGAUAAAAGUAUAUCGCAUUUGAUAUUCGUGUUUCCGUAACAUCAUUUUCUAACUCAGCGGGGGGUCCGCGCAGAGACAGACAGACGGAAUACGGCUAUUAUAAUAGAGAUAGUCGUUAGCCCGUGAAAAAAUCCACGGGUUCGCCUGUCCUUUAAAUUUACCCGUCGCAACAAAGUGGAUAAAAAUAUAUCGCAUUUGAUAUUCGUGCACAUUUUAAAAAUUUCGUGUUUCCGUUACGGGAGGCGGCUUUCGCAGACAGACAGACAAAAUACGGCUAUUAUUAUAUUAUAUUAUUAUAUGUAUAAAUAUCAGAACAUGUCAUCUCAGUGAGAUUUCAUUUGAUUUAAUGAGAUUUGACAGAAGUCAAAAAAAAAAAUUUUUCUUACAUAAAGAGAUUUUUGCUAAAGGAACUGCCGCUGUUACGGUUUUAAAAUAAGCACCAGUGUUUCCUAAACUGUUUUCCUCUUAGCUCCCCUUUAAAUGAAGUUAAUGCUUGUAUCUACAGUAUUAUUAUUUUUUUCUGAAGUUCAUGAAAAAAUUAUAAGUCUUAUUUUUGUGUGUAUUCUUCUUUUUACUAAAAUCUGAAGUUUCCAAAUUGAGGCUAUAUAUAGCAGUUACGUACGGAGCGUCAUAUCUGCCAAAAAUCGCACCACUACUUUCACAGUUUCUUUAUGACGUCCUGCGGAUCUGUAGGUGUCUAGGACGUCCUGCAAACUUCUAGCACGUCCUAAAAAUAUCUAGGACGUCCUGCAGUCCUCUAGGACGUCCUACAGGGUGUCUAGGAUGACCUACGGGACUCUAGGACGUCCUACGGGGCUCUAGGACGUCCUACAGGGUGUCUAGGAUGACCUACGGGACUCUAGGACGUCCUACGGGGCUCUAGGACGUCCUAAGUGAAUCUAAGACGUCCUAAGAAUAUCUAGGACGUCCUACAGAUUCUGUAGGACGUCCUAGGAAUAUCUAGAACGUCCUACGGGGCUCUAGGACGUCCUACAGGUUCUCUAGGACGUCCUAAGGGUCUCUACGACGUCCUUCAGGUUCUCUAGGACGUCCUAGGAAUAUCUAGGACGUCCUACGGGGCUCUAGGACGUCCUAAGGGUCUCAAGACGUCCUAAGUAUAUCUAGGACGUCCUACGGGGCUCUAGGACGUCCUAGAGAUCGCUAGGACGUCCUAGGGAAUAACCACAUGGUUUUGUGGCGUCUACGCAUAACUAAUAAUAUUAGAAGCAAAGAAGAUUUUCUAAGCUUAUAUUUUUUAAUACUAAUGUCGUAUUUGCUCUAAUGGCUGCGAUUUCGAAUAAUGACAUUGUGACAAAUUGAUUUUAACAAGAUAUUGCUUUCCUUUGACACGGACGCAGAAAGGACUAUAUUGAUUAUGGCAACAGUGUCAGUCGAAGAAGUAAGUAAUGAGAUAUCCAAAUCUUGUGAUUUACUUUGUAGCUAGCUGCAUAGCUAUCAAAACUGAAAAGUUUAGCUAGCUAAACUGUCCUGUCUGAUCCCCCACUUUUUUGUUAUUUUAUAGAUCUGCCAAUUUCUGAUUAAAAGAGGUGUGGACAAUCCUACAGUAGAUACUUUGAGAACCAACAAGAUGGAUGGUGAAGCUAUUAAUGCAUCCACUGACAAAAUGAUGAAAUCAAUGGGUUUGACAGCAUUAGGAGAUAUCCUUGCCGUCAGAGCUUAUACAAAACAUGGUAAAGCCAAAUUAUCUGACUGUGAAAAAGAUAAAGUUAAGGCUGAAUUAGCUGCUGCCAUUAGAAAUGGUCAUGCAAUGGAGAAACCAAAUAAACUUUCAUUUACUGUAAAUGUUGGUUCGCAGAACUUUAAUGAGAGAUUAAAAAAAUAUUCUUAUGUGAAAUGUACUGGUGGGUCUAGAAAACUUUCCUUACCUGGGGACAUUACUAUGAGUGGUAUAAAAGAACAAUUGCAUAAAACCUUUUUUCCAAAGGAUAACAAUCCAGUUUUGGGUUCAUUGUCACUGUUUGAAACAUAUGUUGGUAAUUUCUCUGGUGACAAGCUAAGUGAUGAUUUGACAUUAGAGAGUUAUGUUGAAGAACAUAAUCUGAAACAUAUUCGCAUUUAUCUCAAAAUAAAAAAGAAAUCCAUUUUGUCCAGUUUGUUCACAAAGUUAAAGAGCAAUAUCUUUGAGGAUGACCAAGACGACGAUGUUUUAUUUGAAAGUCCUUUCAAUACUCAUAAAGUUGCUAAUAUUAAUUUAGUUGGUGAUGAAGAUAAUAACCGUCCUAUUCUGUUAGGUUCAUCCGUAGAACGCAAAAGAUUGAGAGAUGAAAUUGAUGAAGCUUAUAAUACGUCACUAGAGGCCGAUAAAAAGAAAAGUGAUGGUAAAAACGAAAAUAAACAACCACAAUCAUUGUUAAAUGAAACUAAAGAAAUAGAGGAUACUGUAGCAGUAAAAGAACGUCGAUUAAUUGAUAUUAUGAACAUAAGAAAGAAUCGAGUCAUGCCAGAACCUGAUCUUAGUGAGGCACAUGUCACAAUAUCCAUACGCCAUCCUGUUAUAGGAAAUAAAGCACGUCUAUUUCAUGAUACUGCUAAAUUUACUCAGGUGUAUGAUUGGGUUGGAGGACUAUCUUUACAGCCAGAACAUUUUACCUUAAUCAAUUUUGAUCGACACAAAGUUUCUCCAGAUGAAAAAGUAUUCUCUGGCAUAUUUAAUGUUAAUGAAGAGGAAACACCAACACCUAUGACAACAGGUGGAACAGUUGGGUUUCGUGGUUAUGCUACAAUCACUGUAUCAGAUGAUGACGAUGUUGUUCCACCACCUGUUGCUGAACAAAAGAAUUAUGUUAAUGAUAAUCUUGUUGAAAAUAGGAAUCUUCAGUCAGAAAUGUUGUUGGAAUACAAAUCUGGUGAAUCUAAAAAAAAAUUUGAUAGCCUGCAAGACUUUCGUGCAAAUGAACUAUCAAAGCUAAAUAACUCUACUUUGUAUUUUGAUAUUUCCAGAGAUAAUGUGUACCAAGAGUUAAUUGAUAUUUACAAAAAGCGUGGAACUAUUUCACAUAAAGCUACAUUUAGAUUUAGUGGCGAGGAAGCUUAUGGAGAUGGUGUUACAAAGGAUUGUUAUGCUGAGUUUUAUAAAAAACUUUUUGAGAAAAUGGACGGUGUUAUGGAAAAAGUACCACUUGAUGACUGUGUUGAUGAAGAGGAGUUGGAAAUAAUUAGAAGUAUUGUAAACCAUGCUUUCAUUCAGUAUGCUAUUUUCCCUUUGCAACUGUGUAAAAGCACUGUGAAGAAACUUUUGUUUGAUCGUGUUGAUAAACAACAAUUACUAUGUUCCUUUCUCAAUUUUGUCAAACCAUAUGAGACAGAAACAAUAUUGCGAUUUUCCAAAGAAGAAGAGACAAGUGAUCAACCUAUAGUCGACGUCCUUUACAGUUAUAACGUUUUCGAUAAGCCAAAAACAAAUAACGUAUUGGCAUUAUGUUUGAAAGCUGCGAACACUGCUUUGAUAAACAGACCAUAUCUACCAAUGAAAUAUAUUGUUAAAGGUAUGGGGUCAUUUUGGCAGAAAUUGAGUGAAAGUAUGAUUGAUUCACUUUAUUCAACUUGUACUCCAACUGCAGAAUCACUAAUUGAACAGAUUUUUUUUAAUGAAACAUGCCCACAGGGCCGAAUAAUCAGCACAUAUCUUAAUCGCUAUAUUAGAAGUUGUACAAAAUCAGAGUUGCUUUUAUUGGUUGGAUUUAUAACAGGAUCGUCAAGUUUGUUACCUACAUCUUCAAUAAAAGUUGAAUUUGUUGAUCAGAAUCCAAAAUGCUUGUAUCCUCUAGCGAAAACAUGCUUCAAAAUUUUAAUCCUACCAGUUCAAUUUCGAUCAUUUACGCAAUUUCAAACCAGUUUGAAUGUCCAUUUCAACAGCAAUGACCAUUGGUCUGUGUAUGAUGGUUUAAGUAUUCUUGAUUGAUUUUGAAUUUCAUACUUUUUAGAUACACUCUGUUUAUGUGAACACACUUUUUGUUCUUAUUGAGACAAUAUCUUUUUAGUCUUUUACGAAUCUUUUUGUUAACUUACGGAAAAGAGUAUGUUAUUUUUUAGUCUUUAACAUUUAUUUGUUUAAAUUUUCAUACAUAGGUUUAAAUAUUUGCUUGACACAUUGUGUAGUAUCUUUAC